AGUGAAUCAAUCUAAGAAUAGGAAGAUAUCAUAACAAAAUUUGAACUGAAAAUUUGGGGUUGAAAAAUCAAGACGUAAUAACACGGAUACGAAAAUAAAAAAUAAUUAAAAAAGAAAAAGAAAAAGAAUUUUAAAUUCAAAAAGCGAGAAGCACACAACGAUUUUGUCCCAAUUCUACUGAUUGAACUUCUCCUAGACCCAGUUUGUUCCUCAACGAAAUUCAAAAACCCCAAAAAACCCUUGCCUUUACGUGAAAAUCUGUGAAAUUAUUUUAAUUAGGUUCUAUUCUUUUGGGGUUGAAUUUCACGAGGAAUUAAUAAAAUUUGGGAUUGAUAUUCAAGGUCUAGGGUUGUUUCAGAUAUGGGAAGUAGAAGGGAAGAGGAGAGAAAUGAGAAGAUUAUAAGAGGUCUCAUGAAGCUGCCUCCUAAUCGACGUUGUAUUAACUGCAACAGCCUGGGUCCGCAAUAUGUUUGUACCAAUUUUUGGACUUUUGUUUGCAUGACUUGCAGUGGGAUACAUCGUGAGUUCCCUCAUCGUGUGAAGUCUGUAUCGAUGUCUAAAUUUAGCUCCCAAGAAGUUGAAGCACUUCAAAAUGGGGGUAAUCAGCGUGCAAGGGAAAUAUAUCUGAAGAAUUGGGAUCCUGAAAGGCAAAGAUUACCUGAUAGCAGCAAAGUUGAUAAGGUUCGAGAGUUUAUAAAAAUUGUGUAUGUUGAUAGAAGAUUUGCUGGAGGAAAGACAUCUGAGAAACCUCCAAAGGAUAUGCAGGGCCUAGGAAACCGUGAAGAUGAGACCAGACGUGCCAGUUCUUAUCAUUCUUAUUCCCAAAGUCCACCUUAUGACUAUCAAUAUGAAGAUCGGCGUUAUGGAAAGAAAAAUGCUUCACUUACCAGGAAACCUGGUUCAGAUAGAGGCUACUAUGUUGGGAAGAUAUCUAGUUUCAUCAGUCCUGGUCGAAUGAGUAAUCAAAUGUUUGAGGACAGGUUUGCUAAUGAGGGCUCUGGUUCUAGGGUUUCUGACUUCUCUGUGUCUAGUGGAGGUGAUCCAUUCAGGUCUGGUGCAGAAUCUCCUAACUUUGAGAAGGAUAUGGGAUUUAACAGCCCACCUCAGCCUUCAAGGGAUAUUUCAUCCUCAAUGGCAAAUUUCAGGAGAGAUGUAGAUGGCAUUCCACGUCCACAGAGAACAACAUCCUCGGGAAGCAUUGGAUUAUUUGAAAGCAACUCCAUGUCUCUCAAGUCAUAUAAUCCAGGUUGCUAUUUGGAUGUUGUCUCCGAACCCGGACAAUCUGCUGGAGCCCAACAGGAUAAAAUAUCUACUGUUGCACAACCUUCUGGUCCAGUGAAUUAUGGUGGCUUGGACCUUUUUCAGGCACCUGUUGUGGAAGAAUCAGUAUCCUCUGCUGCUCCACCAAUUGAUUUUUUCCAGGUACCAGCAGCAUCUACUCCUGUGAAUGUGUUUUCAACAUCGCAAGCAUCUUCUGCACCAUCUUUGAAUUUUCUUCAGCCCCACCAAACUGCACCUAUAUCAUUAGAUUUAGCUGAUAUUCCUGAGCAGUUAGCCACUUCAAACUUGGAUAUAAAAUCUCUGGAAUUUUCUGAUCCUAAUAAUGGAGGAUGGGCGACAUUCAAUACACCACCUUCAGCAUCCAUUCCAGGAAACAAAAGUCUUUCCCUUCCUAUAGUUCCUGUUAAUGGAGUUUCUUCAGUCGAAUUUGACCAACAUACAUCCUUCAAUACAACUCAGUGGCCAACAGUUCUUAAUUCUGGUGCACACCCACCUACUCCAUCAUCUGAUCUGUGGGUUGAUGGUUUAAACAAUGUUAAAGCUCCCAGUAUGGUUACAAGCACUCAACAGUCAUGGAAGGCUUUUGAUGAUUCUACCACCAAUCUUCCUUUCAAGGGAUUUGAGCAAAAUUUUGAACCAAAAUUAGCAGCUAAUCAGCCUUCAUCAACAACCGAUCAGCGUUUCAGUGACUCUAGUCAUGGUGGAAAUCAGAGAGCUUUCUCUCAACAUGGACCACAGUCGAUGACUGUACCAUUGCACGUUCACAUGGGGCCGCUCUAUGCACCACCGGUAGAGACACAAGUACAUGCCACUAAUCUUAAAUCAACAAACCCAUUUGAUUUUCCUUAUGAUUCUGAUUUGGGGCAAAAUAAUAUGUUCUUGGACAUGAGCUCCUUGCAAUCUGCACUUCCAAAUGAACAGUUUCCAUCCAGCUUCCUUGGUGGUGCAACUCAGUCAUGGUUUUCUCAAGAUCCAGUGGCCCCUUUUAUCCCUUCAGCAUCACAAGGUGUUUUAUCGUACAUGUCUGUGCAAGCACCAACCUCUCAACUACAGAAUGUCCCAGCUCAAGGACCUGUUGCUUCUGUUGGAGGAAAUCCUUUCGCUUAGAAUUUCUGCAGCAAAACUUGUGUUCAACCAUCUCAAGUUCGUAGUGAAAUUUUCUACUGCGUAAUUGUUGCGUGUUAUUUAUUACACUAUAGUCUAAAAGUAUUUAUGUCAUUGUUCUUGAGCGUAUUUUAUGUGAAAAUAAAGUCUUAACUUGGCACCAAAUGUGCAAGGCCUUGAAAGUAUUUAUUUCAUCUUUUUGAGGCCUCAUGAUCACGUUUGAACUAGUAUUGCGUUGGAGAUUGUGCUACAAGAACUGGUUUUAUGAGGUUCUUCAUAUUGGCUCAAAGAUGUGAAUACAUUUCUGGUUUUUGUUACUGUGAUGCUUCAUUGUAAAUGUGAUUUCAGCUAUUUGUAUUUUCGAUCUUUGGGUUUUGUGAUUUUCUUUUAAUGAAAACUCCCGUUGCUUUCUCAUA